GUCAUAGGCCAGAUUGUGGCUAUAACCAGGCUGGAUCCGCCCUCCGGAACCUGCCCAGAACCAAACACUCAUCCUCAGUGAUCGUACCGAUUGUUGCGAGUUCUCACUUGUUGGAAGAAUACGCUCGUUUUUUCUCUAAUUUCUGCCAUCACCUCGUUGGUUUCCUUCUUUAUAACCUUUAGUCACUCUUUUAACAUGAAGCUUGCUCAAUCUAUUGCCCUUUUCUCUCUCGCCGGUGUCGCUCUGGCUACUCCUCCCGCCUGUGUUUUGGCUUGUUUGGAGGGAAGCACUGCUUUGACUGACUUUUCCAGUCUGUGUACCUCUACUCUCUCUUCUUGUCUUAACGAGAAGUGUUCGGACGUGUCUGCGGCCGUCCAGUACGCGUCUGAAGUGUGUACCGCCAACGGUCAUGCUCUCGUCAAUGCCGUGAGCAGCUCUAGCAGCGGCUACUCUGCUUCUAGCACGAGCUAUGCUUCCAGCAGUGCUUACACUUCCAGUAGUGCUUACUCUUCCAGCGCUGUCUCCUCCAUCAUCCCCUCUGGCAGCGCUGUCUCCUCUGCAGUUGUCUCUUCUGCUGCUGCUGCUUCCUCUUCCGCUGUUGAGUACGUCUCGGCUGUCUCCUCUGCCGUUGCCUCCUCUUCUGUGGAGCCCGUCAGCAGUGCCGUCGUCCCCGUUGUGAGUGCCAGCUCCGCUGAAUCUACAGUCUCUUCUGCUGUUGUCCCUAUUGCCUCUGCUCCUUAUUCGCAGAACGAGUCUGUCACCGUCCCUGCCGCUCACAACACAACCUACACUAUUCUGUCGACUUUCACGACUCACGCUACUACUCCUUACUACGCAAACACCACAAUCAGCUCCGCUGUUUCUUCUCCCACUGUGUCGAAGGGCCCAUACUAUGUUAACUCUACCGCUAAUGGCAACGACACUUGGUCCACCUACUCUGCUCGUCCCACUGGACCCAGCGGCAGCAACUUCUCCGUUGUUUCUAACGGUAACGGCACCAUCCCCAGUUCUGCCAUGUCCUCUGUAAACGUUAACUCUGUUCUCCCCGUCUUUGCUGCUGUUUUGAUUGUUGCCUUGUCCCUCUAGAUGGCUUUGACAUUGUUCCACCUGGCGGUGGUCCGAAGGGUAACUUCAGUGGUGUUAAGCACUUGUGAGGGUGCUCUGAAGAAGACCGUCUGUAUUUGACCGCUUUCCUCUUUCCUUUUUUUGCAUCUUUAUUCAUUCAUUUAUUUAUAAAUUGUUUUGAUAUAA